CGCCACCAGUCAAGCAUAAUGCUAUACAAUUUUUUUGCAAACGCAUAAUUUUUACAGAAAAGCCGAAAGAAAAAAUUUAAAAAAACGUAGAAGAGCACGAAAAAAUAACAGCCCAACUAUAAGGCAGAGUUGGCAUUCAAAAGUAACUAAAACGAAUUUCGGAGAAAGCCAAAUAUAACAUUCAUAGUAUUUUCUCAGCCUUUGUGAAACAAUCAUCGCUUUCGGCUAUUGAAUUUUCAACGCGUGCGGUCAAACAGAAAAAAAAAAUCAUAAAGAACCGAAUUACAUACUUAUUAAAAACCAACAACUAUGAGCGAGUUCCAGCAACAAGGCGGCAUCAAUCAAUCGCAGGCACUCGCCCAGGCAAUUCAGCGUGCCAAGCAGAUCGCAGCCAAGAUCCAGCCAAGCCAGCAGGGCGGCUCCAUAGCGGGUCCAUCGCCACCGUCUUCGGGUGGAGCACCCAGCUUUAAGCGUAUCAACGACGACGGCGAUAGCGGUCCGGAAUCCAAACGCUCUUUGGGCAGUCCGGAAUACGCCAACAAUAGCUCCAACAUUAGCAGCGGCAGCGGGGGUGGUGGUGGCGGCGGCGGAGGUCCUGGCGGUGCCAGCAUUACUCAGGCAAUCGCCCAGGCUGCUGCGGUAGCCGCUCGCUUGGCCGCCUCGGCGGGAACAAGCUGUGAGGAGCAGAUCCGUCUGCCCGAAUCGGUGGCCGGCGCCUUUAUGGGUCGUUCCAGCAACGACACCAUCACCCACAUCCAGGCCGAGUCCGGUGUAAAAGUGCAGGUUAUGCAGGAUCAAGAUCGCGUUAUCAUGCUGCGUGGUCAAAGGGAUACAGUCACCAAGGGCCGCGAAAUGAUUCAGAACAUGGCCAAUCGGGCUGGCGGGGGACAGGUUGAGGUGCUGUUGACGAUCAACAUGCCGCCACCGGGACCUAGCGGGUAUCCACCUUACCAGGAGAUCAUGAUUCCGGGCGCCAAGGUGGGCUUGGUUAUUGGCAAGGGCGGCGAUACCAUAAAACAGCUGCAGGAGAAGACCGGAGCCAAAAUGAUCAUCAUCCAGGACGGACCAAACCAGGAGCUAAUCAAGCCCCUUCGCAUUUCCGGCGAGGCGCAGAAGAUAGAGCACGCCAAGCAGAUGGUGCUCGACCUGAUUGCCCAGAAGGACGCACAGGGUCAGCAACAGGGUGGUCGGGGCAGCGGAGGAGGUGGCGGCGGUCCAGGCAUGGGAUUCAAUAACUUUAAUAAUGGCAACGGCGGCGAGAGCACCGAAGUCUUUGUGCCCAAAAUUGCAGUUGGCGUGGUGAUCGGCAAAGGCGGCGACAUGAUACGUAAAAUACAAACUGAGUGCGGCUGCAAACUGCAGUUCAUCCAGGGAAAGAACGACGAAAUGGGCGACCGCAGGUGCGUCAUUCAGGGCACUCGUCAGCAGGUCGACGAUGCCAAGCGCACCAUUGAUGGGCUAAUUGAAAACGUGAUGCAACGAAACGGCAUGAAUCGAAAUGGCAAUGGAGGAGGCGGUGGCCCAGGAGGAGACUCUGGCAACUCAAACUACGGCUAUGGAUACGGUGUUAAUCACGCCCAAGGUGGUCGGGAGGAAAUUACAUUCCUAGUUCCCGCUUCCAAAUGUGGAAUUGUUAUUGGUCGCGGCGGUGAGACCAUCAAGCUGAUCAACCAGCAAUCUGGAGCGCACACUGAAAUGGAUCGCAAUGCCAGCAAUCCCCCCAACGAGAAACUCUUCAAAUCUAAGGGCACCACCGACCAGGUGGAGGCUGCCCGCCAAAUGAUUUCCGAGAAGAUCAACAUGGAGCUGAAUGUCAUUUCUCGCAAGCCCAUUGGUGGCGGUCCCGGCGGUGGUGGCGGAAAUUCUGGCGGUGGCCAGAACAACUCCCACCACAAUCAGCAGCAAGGCGGCUAUGGCGGCCAGAAUCAAAUGCAGGGAGGCGAUCCCAACUCGGGAGCUGGCUACCAACAACAGCCUUGGGGUGGACCCUACGGGCAGCAAGGUUGGGAUCCGUCCGGUCAACAGCAGCAAAUGGCCAUGGCUAAUCAAGGAGGCGCUACUGCGGGAGGAGCUUCCGGUGGCCAAGACUACUCGGCUCAGUGGAUCGAGUACUACAAACAAAUGGGAUGCCAUCGUGAGGCUGAAAUGAUCGAGCAGCAAAUGAAGGCCAAGCAGGCGGGCGGCUCCUCCGGGCCUGUCCAGCCGCAACAGCAGCAACAACCCCAACAGCAGCAACAGUCCCAGCAGCAGCCAGGAGGCGCUGGUGCCGGAGGAGCCGACUACAGUGCGCAGUGGGCGGAGUACUAUCGCAGCGUGGGCAAGAUUGAAGAAGCUGAGGCCAUCGAAAAGACAUUAAAAAAUAAGCAGCAGAACGGAGCUGGUGGACAAAGCAGUACGCCGAAUUCAAGCCAGGGCGGCCCCAGCACCGGCCAGCAGCCCAAUCCCGCUGCGGCUGCGGCGGCAGCAGCUGCUGCUGCAGCGGCGGCCGGUGGGUAUGGCCAGAGCAUGACGCCCACUCAGUAUGCACAGUAUUCGCAGUAUUAUGCAGCUGCGGCUGCAGCUGGUGGUCAGCCCCAGGGAGCGCCUCAGUCCGGUGGAGGGCAGGGCGGUGGUCCGCCGGGCAACUAUCCUGGCAAUUAUCCGGGCGCUGGCUACGGCGGCUAUCCCGGUGCGCCGGGCCAACAGCAGCAGAAAUCGCACAAAAACGACAAUCACUGAGGACGUUCGGCGGGAUCGGAAUCGUCGGUGGCGGGAAGGAGGUGUAUGUGGGAGUGGAAGCGAACGCCGAAGUGGAAGAUGCUGCGGGUUGAGGACGAUGCAGGUGCCUUGAAUGGGUGAUCUAUUGUUCUACUAUGUCCUAUGUCUUUUAUCCCCCCACAAAACUAGCAAAUCAGAAAUGAAUUGAUUUUUAAUUGCAAUAACAACAGCAAAAGCAAAAGCAGAAGCAUCACCAUGGGAUGAAGGCGGACAUCAGGCGAGGACCCGGAUAAAUCGGAGAACGUUAAGCUUUUGCAGAAUUGUAAAUUAAUUCUAUUAUUUGGAUACUGCAUAUAAUUUCACCACUAGCUUGUAAGCGAUUAUCCCGAGAUCCUAAGUUUACUUUUACCUAAUACUUACAUAUAAUUCCGACCGAUUGAAACAUAAUGCUCUUGCUGUUCAUGAUCACCACUUGCACAGACAUACUAAGAGACGCUAAUUGAAUCCGUUUUGGGUGUUUUUUCAUUUUUUAUACACAUCUGCAUAUAUAUAGUUAUAUAUAUAUACAUCGCAUAUAUAGGUUCUUUCACCGUGAAAUCAGGCAACCGAUCUGCAAUGGGCGUUCUAGUAAUUAAAGGCACCCUUUGUUAAACUUCUCAACUUUAAUAGUAGCAAUAAACAAAUCGAACGUUUUAUAUACACGAACUCAUUUUCACGUACUUAGCUUAGCUUAGUUGUACUAGAAGCCAUUUGAACUAUAUAUGAUCGACAUUUACACUUGAUCAUAUAUACAUAUGUCUGCUGAUCUGGUAAGAUUUAAAAGAUUUGAUCGGACCUUUAUAUUCAAUUUGAUUCAAGUGAGGGCCUGGUACAAAAGGUUACCUUCUUUAAUUGAUAUUUAACAUCUUGCAUAACAAUAUUUUCAUCUUUCAGUUCUGGAGAAUCCAUGAAAUCAUUUUUGUAGCACUAAGGUGAAACUGAACUGACUUUUAAAUUAUUUCGUGCUCUAUGAUAUUUUUUUAAAUUAUAAACCUGGUUUGAAUAUACUUGCAAUAUUUACCUUUAAACGAACGCGCAGGAUAAUCAUGCUUGCUUUAAUAUCUAUUUCACCGAAUGCAAACAUAAAGUAUGGUAUUUUCAGAGGCCGCUCUUCAGACCAGUUAAUAGCAGAAAUACGAAAUCAAACCCCAAAACUUUUUCACACUAUAACAAAACAAAAAACAAAAAAAAACACGAUGAAAUACGAACCAUACAUAUAUUGUAAAAGUGUCAAACUUGGUAAGAUUGUGUGUUGUUAUUACUGUCUAUUAAACAUAUUGCAAUUGAAACAAUGAAACUUACCCAAUGAAUGUAGGUCUACCAUAAUUUAGUCUUAAUACCGAUAUAUAAUCUAAGUUUUACGUCUCCCCAAAUAUCUGAUUGUUGCAACAGCAGAUCAACCAUAUUGUAACCGUUGUUCGGCCAGGCAGGAUCAGUUCGGGACUACCAUCCAAAUCCUGAUCUCCGUCCUGCGGCCGGCAAAGCAUUGAAUAAACAUUUAAUAUACCAUAUAAUAUAUAUCAACAUA